CUCGCACCCUGGCCUGCUCCGCACCCGCUGCCCUUGCGCUCGUCGUCGCCCUCGUCAUCACCCUCCUCGUCUCCCCCUCCUCCUCCCCCUCCUCAACGUCGUCCACCCUCGCCAUGUCGACCAAGGCCGCGCUCAAGAUCGUGCCGCGCAAGCACGCCGCUCGAGGCCAUGCCCACCACGGCUGGCUCAAGACGUUCCACACCUUUUCGUUCGCCUCGUACUACGACCCUGCCUUUAGCGCAUGGGGACCGCUGCGCGUCAUCAACGAGGACCGAGUCGACGCCGGGACCGGGUUUGGCACGCACCAGCACCGCGAGUUCGAGAUCUGGUCCUACAUCGUCGACGGCGAGCUCGAGCACAAGGACUCGAUGGGCAACCUCGAGAUCAUUAGGCGCGGCGACAUCCAGAUGACGUCGGCCGGCACGGGCAUCGCGCACAGCGAGUACAACCGCAACCCGAAGCAGGACGUGCACUUUCUCCAGAUCUGGGGCCUGCCGAGCACGCGCGGCCUCUCGCCAAAGUACUACAACCGCCGCUGUUCCGAUGCCGACAAGCGCGACCAGCUCGUCAAGGUCGUCGCACCCGCCGACUCGGAGGGCGUCAGCGACGAGCGCGACGCCGAGGGCCCUGCGCCGGUGCACGCCAGCCUGAGCAUGUACGCCUCGAUCCUGUCGCCCAAGUCGUCGGUCAAGCACACGCUCGCGGCGUCGACGACCAAGGCGUACGUGCACGCGAUCAUGCGCAGCGGGUACCGCGGUCCGACCGUCGCGGCGAGCGACAAGUUCGAGGACGGCGGCGCUCGGGUGCAGCUCAACGGUGGGCUCAUGCUCGAAGAGGGCGACGGCGCGUUCGUGACGGUCGUCGGCGGGACCGACUCGGCGGCGAGGGAGGUCGAGCUGCGCAACGUCGGCGAGCGCGACGCCGAGUUCCUCCUGUUCGAGAUGAGCGACUAGCCGCUCUCCGUACCAUGUCUCCUUGCACUGCAGCUCGUUCUUGCC